AUUAUGGGGGUUUUAGCUCUGCAAGAAUUGUAGGUUUGGGAGCCUGACAUACCAAGUUCCAAAGGAUUAAAAUGAGACAUGGACAGGUUGAAGACAAAGAACAUCCACCUUGGCCAAAGUGAAUGUCAUCAGAGUCUGCACUCCAAAGACUGACAAAAAGCCAUUGAAGAUAGACAGGUUUAUUUAUAGCAUUUUAACAGCUAUUCAAAAUAGAUUUGGCUGCUCUGGCCACUGAUCCAUUGUAAUUUUAUAUUGUACUAGCUGUGCCCGGCCACGCGUUGCUGUGGCAAAGUAUGGUGGUAUGGGAAAUAAAGUAUUGAGGAAUUGGUGGUAGUUAAGGUAAAGGGUAAAGGUUUUCUCCUGACAUUAAGUCCAGUCGUGUCUGACUCUGGGGGUUGGUGCUCAUCUCCAUUUCUAAGCCAAAGAGCCGGGUCAUGUUAUUAUCUGCUUAGAAGUGGAUUAUAUGAGGCCCCUUCUUCACAGCUGUAUAAAAUGCACACUGAAGUGGAUUAUAUGGCAGUGUGGAGUGAAGAUAAUCCAGUUCAAAGCAGAUAAUAUAAGAUUCUAAAUGGGUUAUAUAGCUGUGUGGAAGGGCCUUGAAUCUACACUGCCGUAUAAUCCAGUGCAAAUUAAAUAAUCUGUGGAAGAGGCCUCAGUGAAGCCUAACUCUGCCUGUCCCCUGGGCUGAGUUGGUUGCUAGGAGACCUAGUGGGCAGAGCUUAGCCUUCUAACUGGCAGCAAUUGGAUCAAAACAAGUAUUCCUCUCCCUCUAAUUAGGACUUUAUUUUCCUUUUCUUUUUGUUGUAUCAACCUAGAGCCGUGGAUGAUGGGUUGUGUUGUCAAAUUUGGAGUUUGGGGGCCUGUAGUUUUGUUGUUUUGUCCGCUGCCCUGAUGCCAUCACUCUUUUAUAUAUAUAGAUUUAAUAGUUUUAAUUGAUUUUAUGUAUUGUUUGAUACUGAUUUUGUCUAGGCAUCGAAUUGUUGCCAGUGUUGUAAGCCGCCCUCAGUCCCUUUGGGUGAGAAGGGUGGGGUAUAAAUAUUGGAAAUAAAUACAUAAAAUAAAAUAAAAUAGGUCCAGAUCAGAGCUGAAUUGAAUCCAUUGGUUGAUUGGAGAAGAUGUAUUUGCCUGGACAUUAGUGUUGCUGAUUGGUUUUCAAGUUUGAUGGGAAAAUUAAUAAACACCAAUUAGUUCAUUUGAAGUUUUGUGGUUGUUUCUUGGUUUGUCCAUAGAGGGGUGCUGGAGGAAAGGAAUGUGGGGUAUGGCUGGUGUUAAUGAGGUUGAUUGCCCUGUUUCCACCUGUUCAGAACUGGACAAUGAGUUUCAGCUGACCACACAAUGGGUGCUGGGGUGUUGCCACAGCCUUAAUGAAAUUCCAAGAGAAGGGGCCUGAGCUGGUGAUUGAGACUGAGAAGUGUUUCCAGGGAUAAACCCGAUAAUAUCUUGGAAAAAAACCUGUGUCUUUUCUUAAGACCAUCAUGACUCUCGGGGUGUUUUGAGGGGAUUAUCUCUUUUCCUGAGCCAGAUCAUGAGAUUUCCACCACUACACCUCUCACCCGGUGGAUAUGGCUUCUUCUGCUGCUAAAGAUCCCAUGGAGAAGGAGGUCACUUAUUCUGUUUGCCUGGAGUAUUUCAAGGAUCCUGUAACCAUAGAAUGUGGACACAACUUCUGCCGAUCUUGCCUGACCCGGUUUUGGGAGGAGUCAGGCAACAAAGAGACCUUCUGCCCUCUCUGCAGGGAAAGAGUUCAGCAAAGGAACCUCAGGUCAAAUUGGCAGCUAGCCAACAUUAUAGAAAUCACCAAGACACUACCUCAGGGGCCUAGGAGGGCAAAAGAUACGGAGAGAGUCUGUGGGAAACACCAGGAGCCACUGAAGCUUUUCUGCAAAGAUGAUGAAACUCCCAUUUGUUGUGUGUGCGACAGAUCCAAGGAGCACAAAGACCAUACAGUGAUCCCCGUGGAGGAGGCUGCUCAUGACUACAAGGAUUUGAUGGGUAAUCAUCAAGAUAUUCUGGAGAGGGAGAAAGAAAAGAUUCUGGUAUAUAAAGCUGAGAUAGAAAAGGAAACCCAAGAUCUUCUUAAGCAGACAGAAGCAGAGAUGGAAAAUAUCUUUGGAGAAGUCACAGAAAUACGUCAGUUUCUAGAAGAGAAGGAGAAACAUUUAUGGACCCAAAUGGAAGAGCUGAAGAAGCAGAUUGUAAGGAAAAGAGAUGAAAACUUGGCCAAAUUUGACCAGGAACUCUCUUCUUUCAAAAAUCUCAUCCAGGAGUUGAAAGAGAAAUGCCAGCAGCCACCAGCUGAACUCCUGCAGGAUGUGAAGAGCCUUUUGCAGAGGAGUCAAGAGAAGAAAACAUUUGAGAAGCCAGUGUCUUUCUCUACAGAGCUGAAAUUAAAGAUCUGGGAGCUUUAUGAUCUAAAGGCCAGUCUAGGUCCUGUCGUGAAGCAAUUCCGAGAUACUUUGUUGCCUGUGCUAGAGCUUCAGAAAGCAAAUGUCACUCUGGAUCCAGACACAGUGGGUCCUUGGCUGGUCCUGACUGAGGAUUGGAAAACGGUGGGAUUUGGAGACAAGCCUCAAGACCUGCCUGACAAUCCUGAGAGAUUCAGCAACCGAUUUUGUGUUUUGGGGCGGGAGGGGUUCACAAAAGGAAGGCAUUUCUGGGAAGUUGUGGUAGGAACAAAGGGAGACUGGUUUGUGGGGGUAGCCAAGAAGUCUGUUAGGAGAAAAGGCCUACAUAUUGUACAUAUUGGUCCUUCUGAAGGGAUCUGGACUGUGGGCAGUUGGAAAGGUAGGUCUCGUGCUCCCAGUCUCCCUUCUAGCUCUGUUCUGUCCCUGAGUGAAAAGACCAAGAGGAUCCGAGUCUGUCUGAAUUGUGCUGCAAACCGGGUGGCCUUUUAUGAUGCUGAUACGGGAGACCAGAUCUAUGUAUUCUCAGAAGUCCCAUUCUCCGGAGAGGCUGUCCUCCCGUUCUUUUACCUGUAUGGCAAAGGCCACCUCAAAAUCUCAUCUUAAAGCAGCCAACCCUAAACCUCUGGCCUUGUUCUGUAUGUGAUGAUAAAAAUAUGUAUAAUGGUUAAAGAAUUAUUGAAAAAUGUUAUUAAAAUGUUAAAAUUUGCUUCUGAAUUUGUUUUCAAUGUUUUUAAGAUGAUUUUAUUAGCAGUGUAUUCUGUCCUGAGAGCCCUGGAAGAGAUGUAAUAAAUAUAAUUAAUGCAAAUCUUAAUGUCUAUUCUAUUGAAUAAGUUGAAUGCAUUUCUCCCAUCCAAAUGCUUUCUCAUUCAUUAUACAUAGGCCUUGUCUAAUGGUUUAAACUUUAAACAAAGCUUGAGGCUUAA